GAUGGUAAUAUCUGGGCAAGACUGAGCCAGCUUCUACAAUUAAUGACAGAGGCUGAGUAUAAACAGCAACUGAGCUCUAAAGCUGAAUUUGAGUCCUGGGCUUCUUGAGUGAUGUGACUCCUAUCAACUAAAGUGCAAAGAUUUUGCAUGCUUCUACAGCAUGCACUGAAGCCUGUAGUUGACAAGAUCUGCUAGACCCCCUGGGGUAGGGAGGUUCUGAAUGUUUCUACAUUGGAUUGAAUGGCAUCCACCUGAAUGGACAAGGUAAGCUAUUGAAACUAUGGAGACAUGUUCAAAAGUAUGGAAACUGUUAUGGGGUAUAACAAUUGGGAAAGAUUCAGUGCUGCAGAUGUCAAACUUGUUGAAGUGGCAUGCAUGGUUUUCAUGGAUUCUACCAAGCUGGCACACACCAUGUUUCCAGAUUUGUUGACUGUGAAAAUGCAAUUAGCAAAAUAUAUUGCAAAUUACCUCAGUGAUGAUGAGUAUGGAGGUGUCUAUGACAAACUGGCAAAAGGCAACAUUCCAUGCAUCUAUAUGUUUGCAAAGCUCACACAACUUGCCAAUAAUGAGUACCAUGCUGUUGUGAAAGUUUUCCAGUACAUAAUCAAAUGGGUUAAUCCAUGGAAGGAUCUUAUUUGCCCAUACUUGAAUAUGUCUCUCCUGAUGAAGAAAUUUUUGAAUACACAACUCAAUACAGUGGAUGACUUUAUUGUUCAAGUACUGAUCCACUUCACUGGUGAUGACUAAGACAUCUGGCUUGAAAAAUCCAUUGCAGCUUCUUAUGUAAGGAAAGUCUAACACAUUCAUGAAAAACUGCUAAACUUUUAGAAUGAUCUUCUGGCAGAUUGAGAAAAAAAGGACCCAGACAAAUGGCAGCAGAUGAAGCUCUACCAACAGUGCUUUGAGCAUGUAAUUUGGGUUAAGCUUUUCUGCAUGGUUUGGGAAAGAACUGUUGACAACAUGAUCAAAUAUUAUCUGGUGGAAGGAGUGGACAAG